UCCCGGAAGUGCCCAGCUUGUUGUGAGCUGUCUCUUCACAGUUGUUGGUUCCUUCUUCCUGCUGUUUCUAAUGGCGGGCUCUGUGGGUCCGGGUCGGACCGGCUCCGGACGCUGUUUUUCUGUGGUCUUGCUGCUGCUGUUGGUGGGGUUCAUUGCGUCCGUUCGGGCCGUGUCGGAACCAGGGAAAUGGACGGUGGACAUUGAUAGUGAAAUGGUGAAGGACGAGCCUAAGCAUUUAAUUUACAGAAAAACUCUGUUUAACAGCAGCACCAUCCACCUCAGAGUGCUGUCUCAUAACUGUACCUCACCGUCUCCCUUCAAGAUGGAAGUUUCUUGGUAUCUCAGGAGCUCUAGGUGCUACAACGAGGUCUACAACGAAGAGCUGAAACCUGAGGUCUACUUCAACUCGGAUGUGGUGAUGCCAGGUGGAGGAAUGGGAUCCUACGUUGACCACACGUAUGAGCCAAUCAACUGCAAGCAGAAAAAUCCACAUUUUUUCAGCUUAGCUCAGCUGGACCUGCCGAAGUUUCUGAGCACGCCGCAACAGCAACAGCCUGCCCCAGAGACCACAUCCGGGAGGAAGAGGAGAGACGCAAAAAGGCCAGAACCAAAGGCUGCUGGAACCUCCUCUAAUCAGACCUCCCAUCGCUCCGACUUCGACAUGGUGGCGAAGACCUGGGAGGACGGGCCCUAUAUGUUCAUUCUCAAAGUUCAAAAGGCGGAGAAUGAGCCAGCCAGCGGUACCAUGCCCUGGAGUCUGCAGCUUCAGAUCAGCAUGAAGGGUCCACAUGGCUUCAUCUCAGCCACUGAAUGGCCUCUGAUGGUGUUCUACAUGGUGAUGUGCAUCAUGUAUGUGCUGCUGGCCUUGCUGUGGCUGGUUCUGUCUGCUUGCUACUGGAGGAACCUGCUCAGGAUUCAGUUCUGGAUCGGAGGCGUCAUCUUCCUGGGGAUGUUGGAGAAAGCUGUGUACUAUGCCGAGUUCCAGAGCAUCAGAUAUGAGGGCUUGUCGGUCCAGGGGGCGGUAGUGUUUGCUGAGGUGCUAUCAGCGGUGAAGAGGACGUUGGCCAGGGUUCUGGUCAUCAUUGCCAGUCUGGGAUACGGGAUCGUCAAGCCCAGACUCGGCGCGUUGCUCCACAGAGUCGUCGGUGUCGGGCUGCUCUACCUGCUCUUCUCCAUCAUCGAGGGAAUCCUGCGAGUCAACACAGAUCAAGGGAACACCGACAGAAGUCUGAUUGUGUGUGAUGUUGUGCUGGCCUUGACUGACUCCUGUGUGGUCUGGUGGGUCUUUGUGAGUUUGGCUCAGACGAUGAAGCUGCUGAAGCUGAGGAGGAACGUGGUGAAGCUUUCUCUCUUCAGACACUUCAGCAACACGCUCAUCUUUGCUGUCAUCGCUUCUGUCAUCUUCAUCAUUUGGACCGCAAAGAACUUCACUAUGUCCAGAUGUCGCUCUGACUGGAGAGAAGUGUGGAUACAAGACGCUUUCUGGCGCUUCCUGUUUUCCAUCAUUCUAUUGGUCAUCAUGUUCCUAUGGCGACCUUCAGCCAAUAAUCAGAGGUAUGCCUUCAGUCCUCUGGUGGACGAAGAGAGUGAAGAAGACGAGGAGCAGGAGCCCAUGAUGAACGAGGCUUUUGAGGGGAUGAAGAUGAGGGGGGCGAAGAACGAGACCAACGGGACGGCCAGACCCAACAAAGUGGACGAGGAUCUUGAAUGGGUCGAGGAGAACAUCCCAUCAUCUAUGGCAGACAUAGCCUUGCCCCCCCUGCUGGACUCAGAUGAGGAAACGCAGACAACCAAGCUCGAAAUGUCAAAGAUGGAGUAAAGCAAUAGGAAGACUGAUGGUGGUGGAUGUGGAGAAGAUGGAGACAGUUUUGCCUGGUUAAAUGAACAUGAAGAAGAAAAGAUCAACUGAAGGAUAAAUGAGGGAAGGAGUGUUUUUUAGAGGCAGGAGUGUCUGCGUGCCAUUCAGUCCCUGGAUUUAUGAGCUUCGUAAGCCUUCAUUAUACAAACACUGGGAGCUGAAUCUGCCGCAGCAGUACACAAGACCCUUUUAUUUUUAUUUUUUAUUGCCUGUUUGUAUAUAUUUAUAAUUAGGUGUGGACCUCCUCCCUGUGCACACAGUGUAUUUGGACUAAUCUCAUGCUUUCUGCAGCGCAGCAACUUGUUUACCCUUUUCAUCGUUGUGUUGUGCAGCAGCGUCGCCCUGCUGGAUGUUUGUCGGGUUUUUGUUUUAUUUUUACAUUUAACGGGCAGGUUGAGUGAGCCUCUGUUUGUUUUGAUAUUUAAUGACCUGUAAAAGCCAAAGGGAUAAAUCAGAGAGACAAACUGAGGAGUGAUAAUUUAGUUUUGUUUAGUGAGGUUAGUCGUCGUUUUGCAGUUUCAACCAAUAAAGCUUUUCAUUUUAUUUCGGCUAAAACUUCAUACAGAUCAUCAGUACAUUACUAACCUAUAGGUUCUUAAAGCGAAAGGGGCCACCAGGUCCGUUCCUUUAAUCACCUUUAGUAGCUUAACACAAAGUUUACACAACGCUACGUUUAUUUUACCUCCACAACAUUUUAAUUCUUCGCUUCAUCAUCACCAUGAAGCUGAGUGAGUUUUUUUUGUUUUAACCAGUUUUUGAUUAAUUAAAAAACAGCUCUGUUGAUGGAUUGGGUUUUAAAAGAUACGUUCUUUGGUUUCAAUAAUUUUAUUUAAAAAGUGAGAUAUAGUUAUUUCACACAAUGAUGUCUCAAGUGUUUAUUCCUUGUAAUGUUGAUAAUUCUGGUUUACAGCUUAAAGAAAACCAAAAGUUCAGUUUCUUGGAAAACUACAAUAUUACGUCAGACCAAUAAAAUCCAGAAAUGUGUUCCGAUUGAAUGCUAGGUCCAUGUUCUGUACAGAAUCUGCUCUCAGUGCUGGGAGCUCAUUUUGCCUCAAUGUUGCAUGGCAAGAAGAUCAACCUGUGGUUCUGCUGAGGUGUUCAAGAAGCCCAGAUUGCUUUGAUAGUGGCCUUAAGCACAUCUGCAUGGUUGGCUCUGGUAUUUCAUCUACUUGACAACAACCCUCAGAUUCUUUGUGGGGUUUGUCUCAGGCCAGUUUGACAGUUGGUAAUCAAUGUCCUUUAGAGAGAAUGGUCUGAAGAAGAGAAAAUAUCCAGUCAGCAGCAGCUCAGUGGAGGACAGUAUCUCAUUGAUGUCGGAGGAGAAUGGGCUGACUGGUUCCACUGCAGAACACCAUCUUUGGAGUGAGUCACUAGAACCAAUACAGAUGUUGAAAGGCAUUUUUCCCUUAGAAUAAAAUGGUACCCUCACUCUGGCUUUUAAGACUGUAACGUUAACCAAGCAACAUUGGGCUCAUCUCUACAUCAGUGAUUUUGAAAUCCAGUUUAGGGAUUAGGCCAUUUAUUUGGAUUCUCAGGAUUAAAGAUGGUUUGAUUGUUACCACCAAGGAGGUCAGCGGGACCCAGUUGUACAGCAGAAAGCUGAAAUGAGAUGGUAAACCCAGCAGUGCAGUACUGACCCGGUUGUAGAGUUUAAGCUAUUAUGAUUUUCUGUUUAGCUGCCAGUUAUAUCUCAUUAAAAAGCCUCAAACCUCCAGUGUCAGUUUAA